AUGACAUCAACAGCAAUUAGCACAAUGGACAGUAAAGGAGAAAAAUUCUUGGGACUUCCACAUAUCGAGAUACACGAAAGUUUUCUGAGUGAAACUUUUGGUAAUGGACAAGCGUAUCAAGAGGUUCAAGAGUGGCCUUAUGCGUUCAAAAAUACAGUACAAGAACUCGCAUCUGUUGAAAUUUCAUGUCCCGGGUCUAAUACAGCGCAUGAUACAGCCGAUAGAAGCGGUACUUCUAAUCGAGAAAAGGAGAUCUACGAGCGGCACGCAGCGUCUGCGAGGUACUUCACUCGCCAGCUUUUAAAUUCAUUCUGUCAAGAGCACAGCGAUGCGAUGAGUAGCAGAAAGCUCCCCUGUAGCACCGUUAAGUGUGACUUUCAGAGCGAUAAUCCCAAACAUAGUCGAGGACUAGAGCGAAAAUUUAGUCGCUGGAAAAAUGGAAAGAAAAUAUCUAUGAAACGCGUUUGGGCACAACUGAAGGAACUUUCAACCAACUUGCUGGAGGCGAACGAAGUAAGGGAUUCAGUCUACGUAGAAACUAGACUAUUUGGAAGCCAGCUUGAGGUUCUCGAGCCUAUGCUGUCUAAGCCUUCAAAAAAUGCAGUCCACUACUAG